UGUACACAACGCGCCUGAGCAUCUCCCGUUGAAGCAGAUCCUUUUCUAACGUCCAAAGUACGACUUCACACCCCAUUACCAGUAUCAAUAUGUCCGAUGUGGGGUCUGAGGAUCCGGAGGAGGAUCAGAACUACCUUGGGGAAUAUUCUGGAGACAGAAACGAAGUAGGAGAGAGGCAUGGGUCGGGCAGAGCGGUACUUCCCGGUGGAGACACGUACCAGGGACAGUAUGACAGCGGCCGCCGAUGCGGACAGGGAACAUAUCGCUUUAAGAGUGGCGCCUGCUUCAUAGGAGAUUACUACAAUAACAUCAAACAAGGACAAGGCACCCUCUACUACCCAGACGGAUCCAAAUAUGAAGGGUCCUGGGUGGAGGACUUGCGUCAGGGCCAUGGCAUCUACACCUACCCUAACGGAGAUAAGUACGAUGGAGCGUGGCUCCGCGACGUCAGGCACGGCCAGGGGACGUACUGGUACAACGACACCGGCUCUUCGUAUAGGGGUGCCUGGAACAACGGCAAGAUAGACGCAGUCGGAGAGAUCCUCCAUUCCAACCACCACUACAAGGGGAGCUUCCUGAAUAACAAUCCAACGGGACCGGGGAAGUACGUGUUUGACAUCGGAUGUGAGCAGCAUGGUGAUUACAUUCUAACAGAACAGACAGGGCCCCCUGAGGAUGACGAAGGUGACUCUUCCUCUGCCCUCAAGUGGCUCCCGAGAGACAUCACCGGUCCAACCAUGGGGACCUCCGAGUCCACCAAGCCAUCAUCAGGUGGACCCUAGCUCAAAUGUGAUCAGUCAACACAAAAUAUUUGGAAAAGCAAGCAGCCUCUACAGAAGAUGGGAACUGACCUUUGGACCUUGAUUUUUGUGCAUUUGUAACAUCAUCAUAACCACAUGUUUAGCUUAUUUGUUUGCCGUUUUACAGUUUUGUUCUUUAUGCAUUUAUCACUUUUUGACUGAACGUAAUACAAUAAAACAUAAAUAAAAAGGGUCAAAG